CCGGAGCGCAGGAUCGGGGCCGCCGCCGCCGCUCCGCCUCGCCCGCCCUGCGCCGGCCGGCACCUCGCCUGAGCCAGCCCCUCGGCCCGCCCUAUGGUAGCCGGGCUGCCGCUCCUCGGGACUCGGGCGAAGCAUGGGCGGCGGGGCUUCCGCGGGAGCCGGGCGCCGGCAGCGGGAGUGAAGUUGCCCCCCGAUGGGGCCCCGGCGCUGCGGAACACGCGCCUGCUCCUGACGGCGCCAUGGAGGGCCUCCUGCUGUGGGUGCUGCUGGCGCUCGGCCGCUGGGCCCAGGCCCAGGUCUGCCCUAAGCGCUGCAUGUGCCAGAACCUCUCGCCCUCGCUGGCCAUCCUCUGCACCAAGACGGGCCUCCUCUUCGUGCCCACGGUGAUCGACCGGCGCACGGUGGAGCUGCGCCUGACCGACAACUUCAUCACCGUCAUCCGGCGCAAGGACUUCUCCAACAUGACCAGCCUGGUGCACCUCACGCUCUCCCGCAACACCAUCAGCCAGAUCCUGCCCUUCGCCUUCGCCGACCUGCGUGGCCUGCGGGCGCUGCACCUGGACAACAACCGGCUGCUGCUGAUCACCGGCGAGCAGCUGAGGGGGCUGCCCAACCUGCGCCACCUCAUCCUCAGCAACAACCAGCUGCAGGACAUCUCCCCCGGGGCUUUCGACGACUUCGUCGGCACCCUGGAGGACCUGGACCUCUCCUACAACAACCUGGCGCGGGUCCCGUGGGAGGCCAUCCGCCGCCUGGGGAACGUCAACUCCCUCAGCCUCGACCACAACCUGAUCGAGCUCGUCCCAGAGGGGGUCUUCAGCAACCUGCUCAAGCUGGCCCGCCUGGACAUGACGUCCAACAGGCUGAAGAAGAUCCCCCCCGACCCGCUCUUCCUCCGCAUCCCCGUCUACGCCAAGUCCAAAGGGUCCCCGCCGUCGUCGCUGGUCCUCGGCUUCGGGGGCAACCCGCUGCACUGCAACUGCGAGCUCCUGUGGCUGCGCAGGCUCACGCGCGAGGACGACCUGGAGACCUGCGCCUCCCCGCAGGACCUCCUGGGGAAGUACUUCUGGACCAUCCCCGAGGAGGAGUUCAUCUGCGAGCCCCCGGUCAUCACGCGCCACUCGGGGCGGCUGCUGGUGACGGAGGGCGAGGGGGCGGUCCUCCGCUGCCGCGGAGUGGGCGACCCCGAGCCCUCAAUCCACUGGGUCUCCCCAGAAGGCAAGGUGGUGGCGAACACGUCCCGGACCACCUCCUUCGACAACGGCACCCUGGAGAUCCUCAUCGCGACCGUCCAGGACACCGGGGCCUUUACCUGCAUCGCCUCCAACGCUGCCGGAGAAGCCACCACCUCCAUCGAGCUGGUGGUCCACCCCCUGCCCCACCUCUCCAACGGCACGGCCCCCAAGGUGCCUGAGGCCGCCGGCCCGUCCGACAUCCUUACCUCAGCCAAGGCCAGCCUCCCCGCGGGUGCCAAUGAGACGGCCCCCCCCCAGGACAAGGGCGUGGUGGCCUCUGAGGCCUCUUCCUCCUCGGUGCUGAUCCACUGGCACCCGCAGUGGCACGUCCCCGGCAUCCGGAUGUACCAGAUCCAGUACAACAGUUCCUCCGAUGACACCUUGGUGUACAGGAUGAUCCCCCCGUCCAGCAAAGCCUUUCUGGUGAAGGACUUGGCCUCCGGGCGGGACUACCACCUGUGCGUGCUGGCCGUCUACGACGACGGCGUGACGGCGCUCACGGCCACGCGCAGCCUGGGCUGCGUCCAGUUCCGCACCCCGCAGGACGCCCCGCAGUGCCACGCGCUGCACACCCAGUUCCUGGGCGGCACCAUGAUCAUCAUCAUCGGCGGCAUCAUCGUGGCCUCCGUCCUGGUCUUCAUCAUCAUCCUCAUGAUCCGCUACAAGGUCUACGGCGGCCAGGAGGAGCACAAGAAAGCCAGAGUCAGCAACGUCUACUCGCAGACUAACGGCGGCCAGGCGCCCCCCGCCCGCUCCGUGCCCUGCUCGGCCUCGAAACCGGAGGGGUGGGCCGUGGAGGGCUCGGCGGCGCCCCGGCUGGGGCGGGACCGCAGCGUCCCGGCCCUGGGCAAGGACUGCGAGAAGGGCUUGCGCUCCCACCCCUCCGAGCAGGCCCCUUCUCCCCGAAGGAGGAGGUGGUCACGGACUAGCCUGGACCUCCAUGGCAGCUCUUGCGGGCCGGCGGGCGAGGACCCCAGAGCGGAGGAGCAAGAUCCUCAGUUGAUGCCACCUGCUGGCGAGAGGAAGAAUGGCAGCGAAUGGACGGACGUCAAGAUCUGAGUGCGGUGGAGCCCCCCACGGUGGGAACAGCGCGAGGCAAGGCUGGAAGCCGGAGGUGGAAUCGCCGGGCCCUGCACCGUGCCUCCGCCCGCUCACCGCCAUGGUGCUGCCAAUCACAGGGAAGGGCAGGCUGGUAAACCCAGGCCUUGCCUGGGGGAGGACGUCCGGUCUGCGGGGAGCCUCCCCCCUUCUCCCUGCCACGGUUUCUACUGGACUCCCUCGUGGCCCCGUUUUCUAUGGAGCUCUUUCGGAUUUUCUAAACCAAGUCUGCAGUUUUCUAAUAAACGGAGUUGGAAAUCCGUG